AUGGGCGGAGGAGGCAAGAUCCCAUACCCCAAGCACGUCUGGUCGCCCGCCGGUGGCUGGUACACACAGCCCGCCAACUGGAGGGCCAACACCGCCGUCAUCGGCCUCGUCCUCGUCAGCAUCGUCGGCAUGGCCUGGUCCGUGAGCGCCCAGCGCGAGUACCGUGACAAGAUGCCCGAGCCCGGCAGGUUCUUCCCCAGCCGAUACUGGAGCACCCAGAUUGUCGAGCACGAGAAGAAGCGGAAGGAGCAGGCGCAGUAG